AUGUCCGAGUUUAAUUUUGAAGAAAACUCACAUAGGCGUUUUAAUCCAUUAACAAAUUCAUGGGUAUUAUGUUCACCUCAACGUACUAAACGCCCCUGGUUAGGUCAGAUGGAGCCUAAUACUCUAGAAAUUUUACCAAGUUAUGAUCCAAAGUGUUAUUUAUGUCCAGGAAAUUCACGUGCUCAAGGCGAUGAUAAUCCCAAUUACUCAAACACUUUUGUAUUUGACAAUGAUUUUUCAGCUGUUGAAUCAAACUCUCCUGAUUAUAAAACAGAAGUUUCUGAUAAAUUUUCAUGGUUGUUAAGAGCACAAAGCGUAAAAGGUCAAUGUAAAGUGAUGUGUUUUUCACCAAAUCAUAAUAUAACAUUAGCAGAAAUGUCAGAAGAGGAAAUUUCAAAGGUUAUUGAAGCCUGGAUAGAAAUAUAUCAAGGAUUAUCAUCAAUUCCACAUAUAAAUUAUAUUCAAAUUUUUGAAAAUAAAGGUGCAAUGAUGGGAUGUUCCAAUCCACAUCCACAUUGUCAAAUAUGGAGCACUGAUUCAAUACCAUGUGAACCAACAAAAGAACUUGAGUCAAUGACAAAUUAUUUUAAAAAAUAUCAAACAUGCUUAUUGUGUGAUUAUAUUUUAGUAGAAGAAACCAAAGGGAAAAUGCGUGUAGUUUAUGAAAACAAUUCAUUUAUUUGUUUGACACCUUAUUGGAGUAUUUGGCCAUUUGAAACUAUGAUAAUCUCAAAAUUUCAUUUAAAGAAUUUCAAUGAUUUUUCAAAAUGUGAUGGAAAUUCAUUAAUAAAAGAUUUUUCAAAUAUUCUACAUAUUAUUACUUGUAAAUAUGACAACUUAUUUCAGUGCAGUUUUCCUUAUUCAAUGGGUAUACAUCAAUCACAAACUGACAACGAUGGUAAAAAUAAUAUUUGUGAUUCACAUUUUCAUGUGCAUUUUUAUCCUCCAUUAUUAAGAAGUGCUACCAUCAAAAAAUUCUUGGUUGGAUAUGAAUUACUUGCUGAACCUCAACGUGAUAUCACCCCAGAACAAGCUGCUGAAAGAUUAAGAAAUUGUUCCGAG